AUGAAUAUUAGCGUACAUAUUUCAAAUCAUUGAUUCGUGAUGUCUCUCAAAUAUAAAUAAACCAGUGUUACCAACUUAAUCGACUUUCAUGGCGAUACGCGAUGCGACGAAGUUGAGUCUUCCAGUUUGUAAAGAAUAAUUUGCAAUUUAAUUAAUUGCUCUACGACUGUAAUGAGUUUCCAAAUAAACUGAAAACGUGUGUCUACGGUGUAGUAGUGGAUAAUUACGAUAAAACAUCAAAUUAUGGUGUGUCUAAUUGCUGGACGGUUAACAGCUACGUGUGCCCGUACAUUAUUUUUAGAGUAACAGUGUUUUGUGAAAAUGGUAACGUCUAAUAAACAGCCGGAUAAGAAAAUAGUGAAAAUGGCGGAGCAGAACACGGUGGCUGUUGUGCCCCAAAGGACCUUGCUAGGUGAAGUCAAUGAACAUAUAACAUGUCCGCUAUGUCGAGGCUAUUACAUAGACGCGACAACGAUCGUAGAAUGUUUACACUCUUUCUGUCGGAGCUGUAUUAUUAAACACUUGCGAGCGAAAAGCUACUGUCCUGUUUGUGAAAUGAUGAUAAACUCUGCCAAGCCAAACAUCAAACCAGACAAGGCACUUCAAGACAUUGUGUACAAGCUUGUGCCAGGACUGUUUCAAAAAGAAAUGGAGAGGCGACAACAGUUUUAUUCAUCGCGACCAGGUCCUGCUGCUACAGCUACACCUGAACAGAGAGGUGAAGAUACAGAAAGAAUAAUUUUCAGUCCUGAAGAUGUGAUCUCAUUUUCUUUAGAAUAUGCUGAUGCUACUGAUACUGAUAGCAUAUCUAGUAAGUCUUCAGAUAGUAAUGAGCCGCAACCAGUCCCAACAACACCAAGAAGAUUUUUGCAGUGUCCUGCUGUGGUGAACAUCAGUCAUCUCAAAAAGUUUUUGAGUAUGAAAUUUGACAUUGAUAGUACUCAAUUUGCUAUUGAUAUUUUGUACAAGAGAGUUCCUUUACCAGAUUACUAUACAUUGAUGGAUAUAGCUUACAUAUACAACUGGAAGAGAAAUGAACCAAUGAGAUUUUUCUAUCAAAUUAUAGAUUAUGUUGCUAUCAGAAAUAGACUAUUUGAAAUCAAUAAAAAAGGUUCAGGUUCAGGUCAUUUAAGAGAUAGAAAAUCAAGUCCAGCAUUAACUGAAGAUACAAAUGUUAGUAGUCCAGCACCUCAUUUAAAUGACCAAGGCUCUGAAGCUUCUUCAGGUACUGACAGUCCUAUGCCUGAUGAUACUACUAGUCAAGCAAGUGACACAUCUAAAAAGGUUGAGAAAGCAGGGCAACAAAGUAAAAAUUUUGAUGAGUCUAAAAAUCUUGACCGACAAUCUGAUACGCCUAAAAAGAAUGAUGAUGAAGUUGAAAAAUCUCAAUUUCUCAAUUCCUUUGAAUUGACUGCAAAGAGCAUGUUACCACUUAAAUCAUCACCAGUAAAAUCUUCUGAUGAACAGAGCACAUCUAAUGAAGCACCAGCCAAAACCCAGUCAAAAGAAAUGUCCCCAAAAGUAGAAGAGAAAGUUGGAGAAACAUCUAAAAGGAAAUUUCAAACUUCACCACAUACACCAGAAUUAAAAAAGCUUAAAAUAGAACUUGAAAAAGCAAAAGUAACUAGUUUAGUUACUAGUGCUUCUGCUACUGCUACAACAACAAAUGCAACAACCUCCAGUCAAAGUAAUAGAACAUUGGAAACUCCGAUAAAAGGAAAAGAAGUUGAAGGACCCUCUAAGAAUGCACCAACACCAACCACUGCCAUUUCACCAACCCCCAUGGCUAUUCCUCCAAAAGAAAUGAAACAGCAAGCAGUUGCAAAGCAACAAGAAGGUCCUGGAGUGAAAAGAACUGUAUCACUACCCCAAAACACAUCAUCUCCGAAACGGAAACCACCAAAUGAAGCUCCUUCUGCCGCACAGUCUCAAGGAACUCAGAAAACUAUUUCUCCACUCAAAUUACAGAUACCAAAGCCGGAAACAACAGCUAAUCAAAAACAACCAGACUUGCAAAAGCCUUCAGUCAAAAAGAUGCCAGAUUUAAAACCUAGUGUGCCUAUGUCUAACAAAGGACAACAUGUCAAUAAAGUAAGAAUGGAUCUAUUAGCAAAUAAUAGUGAUCCAACAAUAGAUAGAAGUAAAAUAUUAUCUCAAGUUCAAUCAUCACUUGGUUCACCAAUGUCAGGAACUCAACAAUCCGGUGAUCCUUUGAAGUCUCUAUUAGAUACAUGUAAAAUGAGAAUACCUUCAUCAUUAUCUAUUACACUAACUGAUCAAAAAUUAGAUGCUCGUAAUGCUGCUGAGGUAGCAAAUACAGAUCCGAAGAAAAGUAUGGUAAAUAAAAACCUGGCUGGUGCUAGUAACACUGUCCAUAAAGUCCCAAGCCCUCCUGUUCAUAAUUAUAUAGAAAUAUUGAAAUUACCAGACACAGAUCAAAAAAAUAAAAAAGCAGAAGGUGCUAAUGAGACUAAGCCAAGUCAAGCAGGUAAAAAUGAUAGUUCUGCAACUCCAACCAAACCACCUACAAAGUCUUCAGAAAGUUCAGCUAAAGGCCCAGUUCCAAACUUAAAACCUAUUUCUGACACAAAAUUAGGGAAACAAAGUGGUAAUUUUUCAGCCCCUAUUACUUUUCAACAAACUUUUGAACAACAGUUACAAAGCUUACAUACUGAUAAAAAAUCAAAAUUAACAAAAAAUAAAGCACAAGUUCCCAAAUUGGUGCCUGCAACCCCUAAAUCUAUUAGUGCUGCAAAUAAGUCCAGUAAUUCUACAAACAAGCCGAGUGCCAAUAACAUGCCCAUGCUAGAGAACAAGCCUAGCACUGCUCUAGAUUUAUCUACUCCUCAUAACACACAAAAUCAGUUUCCACCACAAACCUUACAUAAGGCGUUUGAAACUAUGCAGUCUAUUGACAGUUUGGCUAAGAAACAGAAUUUACCUAAUAAAGGCAUUCCUCUGAGUAUGCCACAAAACAAUGUUUUCUCUAGCAGUAUUACUAACAGACCACUCAACUCAGGAGUAAGCCCAUUAAGGAUUCCUUCAACAUCUAAUUUGGGUCAGUUAAAAUUGGACAAAACAAGUGCACAGAUGAGCAACAGACAAGAAAUGUCUAGUACUAAAAUAAAUCCACUGAAGUCAACAAAUACUGGCAAUUCCAAUGUUCCAUCUCCAAACUUUCAAAUGGCUCCUCAUACAUCUCCUAGUGCAGCACAACCUUCGCCUAGGUCACAAACACGUUCCCCUAGCUCUUCUCCAAAAUUAGUAAUAGCAGAAGAAAAGCAAGCAGGUAGUUCUGGUUUAGAACAAAAUCUAAAUCAAUCAGAUCAGAUUACAAGUACUCAAAUACCCAAUAUGAACAUAAAUAAUGAACAGUUGACAGUCCCAGGGACUUCAAAACCAGGCCUAAAACCUAUGCUUCCAGCUGGAAGGAUACCAGGAAUAAGGCAACCUCUACCGACAAGUCAAAAAACAAGUUCUUUGCAAACCUUACCUGAUUACAGACUGUCUCAAACACGACCACCAUUGAUUUCAUCUCAGCAUGCGUUAUUAAGACGUCAUAUAGAAGUUAAUGCCUGGAUAGAAGCUCAACGACAGCUGGAGUUAAUCAAGAGUAUGUCAACAAAUAUUGCUCACCAGUCACAAAAUGACUUUAACAAUAAGGAUAAACAUAAGAAGAACCCAAAAGCGCAUAGCAACUACCAACAUUUGAUAUUCAAUUAUCAAAUGGCUGGAGUUCAGGCGACAAUUCAAUUCAGGUCACGCAAGAAGGUCUAUGUGGAUGAAGAUGUUACUAACGAAAACAAAAAUAUAUUAAAUAUCAGGAAAAGUAGUGAAAGAAAGCUAAAAAGAAAUAUUGAAGAUUUGAAAAAAGAUAUCGAUGAUGAUUGCACUCCUGUAAAAGUUUCGCGAAGAGAAACCCCAACGAGUAAAAACACACCAAAAAAAGACAGUGAGGAGGAGAAUCUGAGACCCUUAACUAGCAGGGAGAAAGAAAUCGGAUGGCUGGAUAACUUUUUGACAGAACAUCUUGACAAGGAAGAGUCUGCUUCACUCUACAUCUCAGGCCAGCCCGGUACUGGGAAAACUGCUAGUCUAUCGUACAUUUUGAACUUGCCUAAGUUCAAAGAAGGAUACAAACAAGUAUACAUUAACUGCACUAUGAUGAAAUCAGCCGCUAGUAUCUACAGCAGAAUAUGCAAAGAGCUUCAGUUGCCAACAUCAGGAACAACAGAGAAAGCAUGCUUCAAUGCUAUUGAAAAAUAUUUAAAAAAGAAACACAAAAUGAUACUCUUAGUAUUGGAUGAAAUAGAUCAACUAGACAGUAAACGGCAAUCGGUAUUGUAUACAAUAUUCGAAUGGCCUGCGAUAGCCGAUUCCCGCGUCGUUUUGAUCGGCAUCGCCAAUGCAUUGGAUCUCACGGAGAGAACCUUGCCACGGCUGCAGGCUCGUUGCUCCCUCCGACCCGAAACCCUUCACUUCGCACCAUACACCAAAGAACAGAUUAUCAAUAUAUUUACCAAUGUACUGGCUAAUGAAGAUAAGAGCAACGUGUUCUCUCCAGUUGCCUUACAGAUGCUUGCAGCAAAAAUCUCAGCAAUAUCAGGAGACAUGAGAAGAGCUUUAGAUAUAGGACGAAGAGUAAUAGAACUCGCGAGAAGGACAAAGUUUUGUGACAACCAGUCUAUUGACAAUAUGAUGAAAGAUUCUACAGUUACUGUGGAGUUGAAACAAGUAUUAGAAGUACUCAACGACGUAUACGGUGGCUCGCGGAAGAUCGAGUCGGACGCUGAAGACGGAUUUCCACUACAGCAAAAAUUGAUCCUGUGUAGUAUUAUGUUAAUGCUGACAAAGGGGAAGGUGAAGGAAAUCGUCAUGGGGAAGCUGCAUGAUGUCUAUAAAAAGGUAGCGACGGCGCGCAACAUAGUGCCGCUAGAUAUGUGCGAGAUGAGUGCAGCGUGUGGGUUGCUAGAGGCGCGCGGCGCGCUGCGGCUGGGCGCGGGCGCCAGUGCGCGUGCGCGGCGCCUGCGCCUGCAGUGGGACCGCGCCGAGCUCGCCGCCGCACUACGAGACAAACCUCUUCUAUCCGCCAUACUUGAUGACGUCAGCUGCCUACCUUCCUAGCACCUCGAAAACUCACACAAUCUAGAGAAAUUCCUAGGUUAGUUUCUAAAAUUUGCAUUACUAAGUAUUUCACAACACACAGUUAUUUGGGUUUAUAUCAUAAUUUUUUAAGUAUGUAUGAUAUGUAUGUGUUUACUAAACAGACAAUGUAGACUUUGUUUAAUGCAAAUUGUAAAGAUUUAAGUUAGUUAGUUAGUUUGUUAAGCUUUACAACCUAUUUUACAAUGACUGAUUACAUUUUUGUUAGUUUAAACUGUCAAACACCAAGCGGUCACCGGUGACCGUAACCUAUUGUUCUAUAAUUGUGUCUGUAUUGACGGUACUCGACGAGUUAAUUAACGACAAUUUUAACUAAUUUUUUACCUUAAAUGUGUAAGCUUUAAAAUGUAUCAACCAACUUAAUCAAACAUUGUGAAACAGGCCAGAAGUGUUGUAAUUGUAAGUAAGGACAUGUCAUUGUAAUUAGUUAUGCCCUAGUGACUGCAUCUAAAUAUGUUGAGUGCCUUCAGUUAAACGUGAAAUACGAGGCUGUGUGUAUAAAUGAUGAGAUGAACAGACUGCAUCUGUUAGCUUUUAAGACUAGUUAUUAAAUACACGAGUAUUGGUUACAUAAGAGAAUAUUCGUGAUCUUAAAGGAAUAAUGUUGUAAAAACAGUGAGCUUCUUAUUUAAUGUGUAGUAAGUUAUUUAUUAACUUGUAUAUAUGAAAAUUUAAUUACAAGCAAAUAGGCCGUUCUGUUUGAGGUUAAUGGCUUUUUAAGGCUUUUAGUUAAUGAAAAUCCACCUAAUUGCUUAUUAUUUAUAAAUGUUAAUGUUAUAUGCCGACAUCAAGUUCUUACUCAAGUAUUAGCAAAGGCUAAUAAAUGUAUAUCUGCACUAACAUAAUUUGAGCAUAUUUUAAAUCAGUAUUUAUUCAUAUUGAAUAAAUGUAAUUGCAAUUCAUGAGUACUCAGAUGUCGAUGAGUAUUCGAUAAUCGAACUUAUUUCCACUGGUUGACAUCUUGUUUUAUUAUGUGCAUAAGUCCAUACCUAUUUUUUCAUAAAGUAUUAACAUAUUGAUAUUAUCAGUGUUCGAUCAAGUGCCAAUGUGAGAGUGGUACAAGUUAGAAGUUGGUUUCCCUAAUGCUAUAUUUAUUUUCCGUCAUACGUACGAUUAGCCAAGUUAUAUUAGGUACGCAGGUCAAAAAAUAAAGAUGGUUUCAGUACAGAGACUUCACCAAUGGUUGACACUAGUAAAAACUCCUAAUUAAGUGUGUCUCUACCAAAUAACUUGGCUGAAAGUACAAUAAAACAUAGAAAUCAAACUAUUAAGUUCUGACUGAUAAUCACAGUUGCUCAGUAAGUGAAUACGAAAGCGGCAGGGUAAAAAUCAUGCAACCUUUCGACAAUUGAACUUACCAAGAUAACAUCUAUCUUGGUAAGACAUAGUUAACAAAGACAUGGUCGAUGUAUUGGUAUUCUAGGUAAACCUAUAUUAUUUAGUGCCAAAGUACAAGAAAUUACAGGUUACUCGCUGAUGAACUAUUGCUAAUCCUAUUAUUUUCUUUUGGUGAAUAGAAAUCUUUGCUAGAACUAAUAAAAUAUAAUUAUGAUCAUGAGCACCUCAGAUUAACACGCGACGUAAAUAUACGUCAUAUAUGUCUUGAUCAUGAGUACAUGUGCUACACUAGUAAAAGUAUUGUUUUAUAGACUUGACAGUGUUUUGUAUCUAACAAUUUCUCAUUAUAAAGGAAAAAGUCUUGUGAUUGAUUCAUGUGCAGUUGUUCGACAAAGUAAAACUUUCUUGACCUCGCUCACUAAAGUCUAUAAAGAAAGCCUAUUGCUUAGUGUGCGCUGUGUUAUACGAAUGUUUGCGCCGUUUCAUUACGUGACGAGAAUUUCUAAUUAUGUAAUUUUAACAUGUUUUUGUUUUGUUUUGUGUCGUAUAUUGAUUUGUUUAAAAAUGCUUUUUGUCUAUUUGUCUAUUACUGUAACAAUCAUGUCUUGUUAGGUUUUGUAACCUUUUUUAUAACUUUUGAUUUCAAUUUUGUUGGCGUUUAUUAUCUUGAAUAAUCUCCUAUUGUUUUUUUUUAUUUUUAUACUCAUAUAAUUGACCUAGUAUGUACCUAUCUAGUAACUUAUGAUUAUGUAGUGCUGUUUAAAAAAUCCAAAGUUAGGUAAUAAUUAUGUCAAUUGUAUGUAUGAAUUAUUUAAGUUUAAUAAUGGUAUCUUUCAAUAAAAAUACUUU